AUGGAGAAUAAGUCUCUUGUUGAUUUAAUACGGAGCUUAGUAAGUAGCAACAAAGAAAUACAAAAUCUAAUAAGGGAGCAGAAGACUGAGAUCGCCGAAGAAUUAAAAUUAUUAAGAAAGGAGCUAUUGGAGAAUUUAUUAAAAGUUAAAGAGGAAAACAAAGCCUUUAAGAUAGAGGUCCAACAGCUUAAAGAGAAGCUGAACAAAGUUGAAAGAGAGUCAAAAAGAUACAAAUUGAUUAUUCACGGUUUUGAAGAGGGCAAGGACGAAAUCUCGGACCUUGGUACUUGUCUGGAUAUUAUUAACAGCAAAUUAGGAGUUGAAUGCCGAUUUUCUGACGUAAGAAAUUUCUUUCGUUUAGGUCAACCCUCAGUUCAAAAGCAUCGAGCAGCUUCAUUAGAGGUGGUGAACUACUUUUUGAAAAAAGAAAUUCUUAAGAAUUCUAAGAAAUUAAAGCAGACACAAAUUUAUAUAAAUCACGAUCGCACUGAUCAGGAACAAGCCGAACAUAAGCUUCUUUAUAGACACUUAAAAAUAGCGAAAGAAAACAACAAGGAGGCAUACAUUAGGAAUAAAGUGUUAUUCAUAAACGGACAAAGCAGGACCCCGGAAGACCUGAAAAAGGAAGAAGCUAUGCACCUAUUACGUCUUGAGUUUCAACGACCACCACCGUAUCCGACUCCUAAACGAAAAACUUCUAGUAGCGAUAGCAAGAAUCCUAAUCAUCCCCAAAAAGAACCCUUAGAAGUGGAAGUGUGA